CUGAUAAACAGAAAUUUCUAUGCUUAAACUCUGUACCAUUCACUUUUUUUUUUAAACAUCAUCUUGAUAAAAUUUUUAUACCCUCCUGUGGGCUUCCAGAGCCCAGGCACCAGCCCAAGCCUAAACAUCUACCCUGCAGUUCUGUAGCCCCACAGCCCAGUGAGCUUUAGUCUGCUAGAAAGGACCAGCCACAGGUGUUUUAUUGCAGUGUAGCCAUAUCCUCAGAGUCCUAGAUUUCAAGACCUGAAAGGACCACAAGGAUUAUUGAGUUUGACCUCCUGCAUAACACAGACCAUAAAAUUCUACACAGUAACUCUUACAAUGGAAGGAAUUAUUCUUCCGUGAUACAUAAUUGAAUGCUAUCAAGCCAAUAAUUUGUGAUUGAGCACCUUACAAAGGAAGACAAGUAAAAUCCCUGUUUUACACAUGGGGAAAUGAAGAGGUUCUGUGAAUUUUCCAAGACCACACAGGGAGUCAGUGACACAGCCAGGGAUAGAACCCAGAUUCCUAACUCCCAGUCCAAUGCACUAUCCCUUAACUGCACGGCUUCGGGCUGAGGUGGAAGAAACACUGAAGCGAAUUCAGAGCCAAAAGGGCGUCCAAGGAAUCAUUGUUGUUAAUUCAGAAGGUAUUCCUAUCAAAAGCACAGUGGACAACUCCACAACUGUGCAAUACGCAGGCCUAAUGCACAGCUUCAUCAUGAAGGCAAGGAACACUGUGCGAGACAUUGAUCCCCAGAACGACCUCACGUUCCUGCGAAUCCGCUCCAAGAAAAAUGAGAUCAUGAUUGCUCCAGAUAAAGACUAUUUCCUGAUCGUCAUCCAGAAUCCAACAGAAUGAGAUUGUCCUAAAUUAGUCUGGUUUUUCCCCCAGUACCCAAUAUUUUUAAAUUUAAUAGCCAAAAACAAAGCAUUAGGAUUAAUUCUAUUGUGCCACCUUAAUGACCAGGAGGACAACCUUGUGCUCUUUUGUUGUUUACAAAGAAGUAAAAGUACCUUUUUUUGUAUCACUAAAAUGGCAUUCCGUGGAAGGGGUCUGAGGAUUGAAAUCAAGUGACUUGGGCAGUCAGAAAUGGACAGAUUUCUUUUAGUGUUAAAAAAGAUAAUAUAAUAGAAAUUCUAAUAGUGUGAUCUAAAAAUGAAUCUUUGUGGUUUGCACACUCCUGUCAAUUCUGUCUGAAGUAUGGUCUUACCUUCUUGGUUUUGAAUGACUGUAAAUAUGAAGCUUGAUUACUCACAACUUACCUUCUUGUCUUUUUUUUUUUUUUUUUUUUGCCGCUUUUAUGAUUUAUUUUGAAAAGGUCUUGCCUUAUCAAAUCAAUAAAAGUGUCAUCAGUGA